ACCAAGUGUACGAAAACCGGUCGUGCGGUAAGUGUUAUUAUAAAAUAACAUGUAUAUAACGCGUGCUCUGAUUGGUCGAAACCCGUGUUGGGAUGAGGCUAUCCAAACACGGAAGACUAUCGUGUUGUUGUUAUUUUAUAAAACAACUACUUUAUGGUUUCCGUGUUUGGAUGGCCUCAUCCAAACACUUGGGAAUGUUGCUCGAGUUAAGAAAAGCGCGCAAAAUCACUCGCCUUCGGCUCGUGUUUCGCGCGCUUUUCUUAGCUCUCGCAACAUUCCCGCGUGUUUGGAUCAGGCCAUCCAAACACGGAAACCAUAAAUCAAUGUUUUAUUGUUUCAAAAGAUAAACUGAAAACUACUGUGCACACAAAGAAGCGUAUGGAAAUCUUGAUUUUCUAUAUUUGUAUAGGUUAAUAUUUACUACAUCAGUAUAAAAUUGUCGUGAAUUUCGAAUUAGAUUAGGAUAUAAUUUAUACAAAGUUCUAAAUUUGGAAAUUAUCCCCCAUCUUGGGGAUGCUGGGUGCACUUCUGUUGUCAGUUCCUUGGAGUUUGAGAUACAGUGAACAUGCAAAAUGUCGAGAAAUUAUUUAAUUUUAUACCACCCAUUGCCAGUGUAAAUAAUUUAGUCAUUUCCAUAGAGACUGUUUGAUAGCACAAUUAUAUUAAAUGAAAAGCGAAAAUAUUAAUCCCUGGCCAGUGUCUUAGUUCUCUCUCAAUUGAGCCUGCCGAACACGCUAAUUAUUUCUCAGCAAAUGAUGGUUGAAUUUUUGCCAAAAGUAUUAAAACGAAUACCAUGUUACAAGCUGUCAACAACUUAUUCUGUGUUGUUCAGAACAGGAUGCAGCAAUUUCGAGAGGCGCCCUGUUAGCAACUGUUGUCAACAAUAUUGGGCGCGAAAGUGUUAUUGUGAUUGACAAGAUUAAUAGUAACAAGAUGUUAUACUGUACGUCAAAUCAAGUAAUUUGCGUUCUAUACUAGCAUUGAGUCCAGAGUUUGGUUCCGGUUUGAGGGAGUUUAUGAAGGCUGCUUCCAUCAGUAAAAGACUUUUGUUUAAUUUGUGUUAACAAUGUCGGUCAUAUGGGCAGAAAAUGUGUUGUACAGCCUUAAUAUAAUUGUUAUUUGUCACGAUGUGUUGUGCGUCUUCACAUUCUAAAUUUGACAAUUCACCAUGCACCACCCACCAGACUUUUACAUUGUUCGCCAAAUCAAAUUUGACCUGAUUCCACCGUUACAUCCUAACCCUUCUCCCUGGUUUAGCUUCUUCGCCACAGUCCUGACUUUUCCAUGCACUACCAGAGCAAGUUGGUAGAUUGCGUUAAAAGGAGAUAAGGAAGAAAUCAAUUCUUUAUUAGAUGUGAAAAAUAAGAUUGAUUUUUUGUGUCAUACAUUAUCUAGUUUUGUUCAGAAGUACUGUCGUUCGUUAAAAAAAGCAACUGUGAUGGGUUAUCAGCAAUUGUGUAUGAGUGUCACACGUACAGAUAAAAUCAUAUAUGAGCGCCGAACACUGUACGCUAAUACUAUACAGAGAAGGAGCGCAGAAAUGGCCUUUUAAUUUAACUUUAAUCAAUAUUCUCGCGAAUAUUUUAUUAUCUAUCUUAUUAUUGAUGAUAUUACUGACAUUAUAUAGCUAUUAUAGAUAUAACAUCAUAAUAUUGAUAUUAUUGAGUGAUUGGCUUAGUUUAAAAACAGUGAUAUUUAUAUAUAUACGAAUUAUUUGGACAUUAUUUGAACAGGAAAACAAGAAAAGGUUGGUUUUGGAGACGCAGAACUAGAAACAGGCGGUUGAACCCAGUUCCAGGGAAAAAGGUAUAAUUUUACAUUGCAAAGUUUGUAUGUACUAUUUGGUAAUCAAAACGUUAUUAUAACUCGAAAAUAUGUGACCUUUUAAUUUUACUUUCCAGAGAAUUGAUUAUAGAAUGCAAUAGCUGAGUUCAAACAAAACCUCAUGUCAUUGACAUUAAAUUAAUUUAUAAUUAUACAAAUGACAUUUAUAAUAAUUUGUUUGACUCUUCAUUGCAUAAAAAUAUUACAACAAAAAAUAAAAUAGUAGGCUACUUCUGUCAAUUUGCCUGUUUAAAAUUAUAACAUUUUUCUAUGGUUAACGUUUCAUAAAGUAAACGAAUGAAGAAAUAUUUCAUGUGAUAAUUUGUUUAGAUUUAUAUACUCAUCGCCAGAAUUAUGGUCGCUUGACAAACUCCCAGUUUAAAUGUUGCGCUUAAGGAUAGUAUCUUUUUAACUUUUUACCUGGAAGAAUUAAAUUUAAUGCAAACAACAUAAACUCUUCGUUUCAGCUCAACUUCGCGAGCGUCAUCUAUAUCUACAGUAUAUAGUUAGCAAAACGCUAAUUGACAUAGGAAAUUAGUGACUUUCAAUAUUUAAAUUAUAAACAUACAGUUGCAUGCAUGUCUCAAAUUUUGUCAUCUUUUUUUUUCAAGCCUGUGUUUCAAAGUACAAAUGGACUCUUAAAAGGUAACACAUGUAGCAACACAAUGAAUAAAUUUAAUGCUGCAAUCCAAAGAAAAAAGGACUGCACGGUUGAAUGAUUGUUGAUCUAUAUAGUCAAAGAAUGAUUUAAUAUUGAUUCAGCAAAAGGUCCCGAUCUAAUCGUGCCAGCAACGUAGAGGAAAAUGGUUGGCUAAUUCCUUUACGUAUUAUUAAUGAGUCUGAGUUAUCGACUUUACAUCAUAGAUAUCUUAUAUACACUAUAGAUAGCGCAUCUCUUUUAGUAAAAUUGAAGCUAAGAAUAUUCCAGCGGUUAUCGCCAUUUGAAUAGAUGGCGGCCAUGUUGGAGUUUUCCACUCGCUAAUGAACGCUUAAAAACAACAAUAACUUUCAUCAUUUGAAUAGUUUAAAAAUGUUUUUGGAAUAGGUUUAACUUAAUGUUUAAGUUCCCUGUUUAAGAAAUAUAGAAAACAUACGAGUCUUCUUAUUUCAUGGGAAUAUCCUGAGUUUGAAAUCACUGCUUCAAUUUUUGAAUUGCAGAAUAAUUAGAUGCACUAUCUAAUGUAUAUAAGAUAUCUAUGCUUUACAUGCAGUAUUGUUCAUAUACUUUUAAACAUGAUACCCAUGCACCCCGCCUACAAAAUAUCUUUUACUCAGCAUAAACCUUUGUAAAUUUUGCCAUCCUCACUGCAUGAAAAUGAAAUUCAUAUAUUUUUAAUUUCUUCGACAAUAUAUAGGCCAGUCAAUGUCGGAAACCAUCUCAGGUUUUGAGGGUGUUAGGACUAAAGUAUACCGGGAUACAAAAGGGAUUAAAACCGUUGGCGUUGGUUUUAACAUGGAGCAAAAGAACGCACGUAAAACCUUCGAGAAGUAUGUACCCAAGUCCGAAGUCUUGUUUGAUGAUGUUCUUUCUGGUAAGCAAAGGUUAACAAAGAAACAAUCCCUCAAUCUUUUCAAAGGAACACUUGAUGAUAAGGUGAAAACAACAAAACGCCUUUUCCCAAGUUAUAACAAAUACCCAAAAGCCGUCAAAACUGCUUUAGUUAAUGGAGUUUUCCGGGGCGAAUUUAAAUCUACUCAGAAGACAGUCAAGUAUAUCAACAACGGUCAAUGGGACAAGGUCCCUAAGGAGUAUCUUGACCGGAAAGAUUAUCGCAAUUCCAAACCUGGUAAGAAUGGUGGCACUAAGACACGUAUGGAUUUUAAUGCUAAAAUAUUCCGGGAAUAUGCGAAAGAAUUGAAAAAGGGAUAAUUAAACAGUGAAUUACUAAACGAAAACUUGCAACGGAUAUUAUAAUGACAAAUGAUAUUUGAAAAUGGACGACAUUCUCCUGAUCAGUUAGCACUAGAAGAUAUAGUGUCUUCUAAUGAAUUAAGUAAAUUUGAAUUGAUAAUUUAGAUCUGAACAUAUGAUUAUAUGAAUAGUGUACGUAUAGCGAACUAAUUAAGUAUAGCUUUUUACUGGUAAUUUAGACUUAUGCAUAUAUAUGGCUAUCUGUAGUGUAAC